AUGGCAGAGGAUCAGGAGCUGCCUCAGCCACCCAAGGCUCAGCUGGAGGCCUCCCUCCCGCAGCGCACCAGCAACACCUACCGCAGCGCGGAGCACUCACAGGCCUUGCUCAGCGGCUUGGUGUCGCUGCGGGACAGCAGCAUCCUCUUCGAUGUGGUGCUGGUGGUGGAGGAGAAGCCUAUCGAGGCUCAUCGCAUCCUGCUGGCUGCAUCCUGUGACUACUUCAGAGGAAUGUUUGCAGGAGGACUGAGAGAAAAGGAACAAGAAGAAGUUCAUAUUCAUGGCAUCUCCUACAAUGCAAUGUGUAAAAUCUUGAACUUCAUUUACACUUCUGAGCUGGAACUCAGUGUCAACAGUGUACAGGAAACCUUAGCUGCAGCCUGUCAGCUUCAGAUUCCAGAAGUCAUUAAAUUCUGUUGUGAUUUUCUCAUGGCUUGGGUAGAUGAAGAGAACAUCCUCGACAUGUACAGGCUAGCUGACCAUUAUGACCUGAGGCACCUGAGUGACCAGCUGGACUCCUACAUCUUGAAGAACUUUGCAGCCUUCUCAAGGACAGAGGUGUACCGCCAGCUGCCCCUGCAGAAGGUCUACUCCCUUCUCAGCAGCAACCGUCUGGAGGUGGACUAUGAGAUUGAGGUUUACUAUGGGGCACUCUUCUAUCAUUAUGCUACAGACCUGCUGGAGGCAGAUCGGGUGUCCCUGAUGAAGCCCCUUAAGCUGCUUGAGACAGUCCGUUUUCCUCUAAUGGACCCCCAGAUCCUGCAGAGGCUCCAUUACAAACUGAGUCCCUGUCCUUUGAAAGACAAAGUAGCAGAUGCACUCAUGUACCACAAGAACGAAUGCCUCCAGCCCAUGCUUCAGAGCUCCCAGACACAGGUCAGAUCAGAGUUCCGCUGCGUGGUGGGAUUUGGAGGGAUGCAUUCCACCCCCUCCGUUGUCCUCAGCGAUCAAGCCAAGUAUCUGAACCCCUUGCUGGGAGAGUGGAGGCACUUAACAGCUGCCCUAGGCCCCAGGAUGUCCAACCAAGGAAUUGCCGUUCUCAAUAACUUUGUGUAUUUAAUUGGUGGAGACAACAAUGUAAAUGGUUUUCGAGCAGAGUCCAGGUGUUGGAGGUAUGACCCACGGCACAGCAAGUGGUUCCAGAUCCAGCCCUUGCAGCAGGAGCACGCUGACCUCAGCGUCUGUGUGGUGGACAACUACAUCUAUGCUGUGGCAGGGCGGAAUUACCGCGAAGACCUGAGGGAAGUGGAGAGGUAUGACCCCAGAACCAACACCUGGGAGUCUGUGGCACCUCUGAAGAAGGAGGUCUACGCACACGCCGGAGCAGCGCUGGAUGGCAAGAUGUACAUUACUUGUGGGAGGAGAGGAGAAGACUAUUUAAAGGAGCUCCAAUGUUAUGACCCAAAGACUGACCAGUGGGAGGUGUUAGCAGAUGGUCCAGUGAGACGUGCUUGGCACGGGAUGGCUGCACUGCUGGGAAAGCUCUACGUCAUUGGGGGAAGCAACAAUGACUCUGGCUACAGAAGGGAUGUUCACCAGGUUGCCUGCUAUACCCCAAGCACUGACCAGUGGACAAAUGUCUGUCCCCUUCCUGCAGGACACGGAGAGCCGGGUAUCGCCGUCUUGGACAACAGGAUCUAUGUCCUGGGAGGCAGGUCCCACAACAGAGGCAUCCGCAUGGACUACGUCCACAUCUAUGAUGCAGAGAGAGACUGUUGGGAGGAAGGGCCCCAGCUGGAGGAUGACAUUUCUGGGAUGGCUGCCUGUGUCCUGACUUUGCCCAGGUCUGUUUUAACAGAGACAGAGAACUGGUGCUCAGAAUGGCAGGCAGACCAACUGAAGUACCACUCAGACUUCCCCUGGGAAUUCAUGAGCGUGUCAGACUGGGAGGAAUUUGACACUUCCAGUGACGAUUAGGAGACUUUUACUAUUUUUUUUUCCCCAGUGGAUGAGGAAA